CGGUGUGACUACCAGAGCCGCCGCCGCACCACAGACCCCCGCCUGGCGAUGGCGCGGCAGCAGUGCCGCUCCCCGCCCCGCCGCAAGGGCUCGCCGGCAGCAGGCCGCAUCGGAUUCCCAGGAGAGAAGUUUGAAGAGCUUCCAGGAAAUGGCAGGGAGAAAAGUCCUGAUAGUCUAUGCACAUCAAGAGCCCAAGUCUUUCAAUGGAUCUUUGAAGAGGGUUGCUGUGGAAGAGCUGAGCAAGCAGGGCUGCAGUGUCAUGGUGUCUGAUUUAUAUGCAAUGCAGUUUGAACCAAGAGCAACGAGAAAUGACAUUGUUGGCUGUUUGCACAACUCAGAAGAGUUCAAUUACGGCAUGGAAACACUGGAGGCUUACAAGAGAGGAGGUUUGUCCAGCGAUCUCAUUGAAGAGCAAAAGAAGGUGCAGGAAGCAGACCUAAUGAUUUUUCAGUUUCCCUUGUACUGGUUCAGCAUGCCAGCAAUCAUGAAGGGCUGGAUGGACAGAGUCUUGGUCCCAGGAUUUGCUCAUGAAUUUCCAAACUGUUAUGAUUCCGGUUUGCUCAAGAACAAAUUAGCCCUGUUUUCUUUCACCACUGGAGGAAGCGAAGAGAUGUAUGCAAAAGGAGGUAUCAAUGGCGAUAUUCGCUAUCUCCUGUGGCCCAUGCAGCAUGGAAUUAUGCACUUCUGUGGUGUCAAAGUCCUUGCACCUCACAUCUGCUUCGCUCCAGAGUAUGUCUCUGAAGAGAAGAGGAAGGAGAUACUGAUUGCCUGGGCUCAGCGUCUGAGGACUCUUUGGAAUGAAGAGCCCAUAAUCUGCUCUCCUGAGUGGUAUUUCAAGUAAUGUUCUGGUCCAAGACUACAGAGACAUUUUCUUAUCUCCAUUCUUUUAGGUACUUUAUCUGAAUAUCUGAAUGCUAAUCUCCUAAUUCAAAUGUAUUUUAAGUCUCUUGAGUACUACAGCUGACAGCUUAACUGACAAUUUAGCAUUCAUUUUCACUGAUUCCUGAGGGAUUCUUUUCAAUGAAGAGAAACUCUUUGAAUAAGUGAAAAAUGAAGUGAAAAACUCUUUGUGAGGAAUUAUCCUUGCUCAUAUAGACUGACAUCCUGCCUACAAGUGGUUGAUAACACAAGUGGUAUUUAAUUGCAGGUUGUACUGUUGCUUCUUACAAAACAAUAUGUUACAGUUUUAAAUAAACUAGUUUUGUACCAGCU